AUGAAGGCUUCUACCGCGGCGCCGAGUGAUACGAUGAACCCAACACCUGUCUCUUCUAAGCCCGUCGCUGCGAUCAUACCACCGCUUGAUCCUCUUCAUGACCUCAUACCGGGGUACCCAAUGCUCGCCGGUCGAAUGGGAAACAUGCCGGAGGUAGCUAUGUUCCGAAGGUUCGGGGCUUUGAACGCUCGUAGCCUACUAUACUAUCAAGCUGAGCUUGCGCACCUCGAAGAUGAACUACAACUACUCGAGGCUGAAGAUGCGAAGAGUAAAGACGGCAAAAAAGAGAAGUAUACGACCAACGCCUUCUGGCUCAACACGGCAGAUUUCAGGCCGGAUGGUGAGCUGCGGGACGGCGACAAGAGGCAACGCGACCUGAUCGUCCAUAUGAGGCAUAUUCUGAGGGAGUAUAAUGACGCUCUCAUACAACAAGCAACGAUACUUCGGGAAAUGAAGAAACCAGAUCCAUUUGAUCUCAAUCACAUCCAAAAGUUCAUCGCGGCGGAUUCAAUGAACAAUGAUGUAUUCGUUGGGCCGGAUCACAACAUAUGGGGCUCAGCGGAAAAGCCCAAAGACCACAGCAGGGAGCUCGUAGUUCUUCGGGCACGCAAGGAUACGGAUUCAUUCUCACGAGUUGCUGGCUCAAAAGCAAUGGAUUGGCUCCUGAAGCUCGGUGCUGACAAGUGGAAGAAGAUUGACCCUCGAUGGGGAACA